AUGCUCUCCUUGAUCGCCAUCCCACGCUUCCAGCUUCGCUUGAAGGUAUGGGACUUCGGGAAUUCCUUCCAGGAGAAGUUCGAUCACAUUGCAAACGAUGUGAAGGGAGUAUCUCGAGGGUGUGACUGCUUGCUUACAUCGAUGCGCAUGAGGCAUUUGCUUGGUGUAGCCUUGCACGCUGGAAACUUCCUCAAUGGAGGAACACCGCGCGGUCGUGCCGAUGGCUUUUCCAUGGAUGCAUUGUUGCAGCUUCGGACGGUGAAAGCGACACAGGCUGCCGACCAGACUUUGGUGCACUUCAUUACAAUGCAGAUGGAGAAGAGGCCGACUUGA